AUGUCGUCCACUAAAGAGUUCGCUCAAAGCCGUUCUAUCACUUACCUUUUCAUUUCUCCAACGAGAUUCAUCGAAGCUCUCUACAACUAUACCAUCGAAACAACGAAAUCUACAACAAUAUGGCUCCAUAUGCGCAAGUUCUCAAAGCUCUGCAUCGAUGCAGCGACGUACAAUAACUGCAGAAAUCGCGAGAUGCUUCUCCACAAGUUUAAUUUACAUAUGGGUGCCGUGGCAGUGCUGUCACUAGUAGUUUUCAUAAUUGACAUCAUAGGGUACGACAUAUCCAUUUGGAUCUACAUUACACAAGAACUCUUUUGGGUUGUGAUUGCACAGUUGAUUAUCAGAGAGUUUCGCAAGGCACAAGAGAGAAUGUUACGCACACGCAGAUGGGGUGACGAGUGGGACUGGAACUGGAACGACUGGGGGCUGGAUGAAUGGGAUUAUUGGAAUUUUGGCAUGUGGAAGCCGGGCGAAGAACCGAAUGUUUCGUGGGCUUUGAGACGAAAGGGUUUGAUAUAUACGAGUAACCCGUUACGAGAUUAUUUCCAUUUCUUUGGAAGGAGGAAAGUUGUGGGUAUUAUGACCCUCAAAUUCUAA